GUCUGGUAAAGGAAUGAAAGGAAAGUAACAUUUGCAAUGACUCUCUACAGGUUCUUGGUUUUUCUUUCCCUUGUGCAUUGUACAUUGCAGUCACUGGAUACCUUUACAUUACGAGGAAAUGCCAAUGGACAACCUUGUGUAUUCCCUUUCAAAUAUGAAGGCAAACUAUUCACUGAGUGCACAGAUGCUGGUAGGUCAGAUGGCUGGCUCUGGUGUGCAACAACUGCAGACUUUGAUGCUGAUAAAUUGUAUGGAUUUUGCCCACUAAAAAAUGACACAGAAAGAUUUUGGAUAGAAGAUGUUUCAGCUGGUGUUCUCUAUCAGAUAAACUCAGAAUCAGCUCUAACUUGGCACCAAGCAAGAAAAAGCUGUCAGCAGCAAAAUGCAGAACUAUUAAGCAUCACAGAGAUACACGAGCAAACAUAUAUGGGAGAGCUAAUUAAAAAAUUCAGUUUUGCUUUCUGGAUUGGAUUGAACGCUUUGAAUUUCAACAGUGGAUGGCAAUGGGCUGGGGGCAGUCCUUUCAGAUAUUUAAAUUGGGCUCCAGGAAGUCCUUUCUCAGUCCCUGGGAAAAUCUGUGGAGUGAUGAAUCCCAAAAAGAAUGCUAAAUGGGAAAACCAAGAAUGCAAUCAGAGACUGGGCUACAUCUGUAAAAAAAGAAACUCCAGUUCAAAGUCUAAUAGCAUACCCAAGGAGAAAUGGAGACCUAUUAAAUGCACUGAUGGUUGGUGGCCAUAUGCAGGCCACUGUUAUGCCAUUCAAAGAGACCCUAAAUUAUGGAAAGAUGCUCUGACUUCAUGUAAGAGGCAAGAUGGAGAUCUGGCAAGUGUUCACAAUAUUGCUGAACACAGCUUUCUAGUGUCACAGCUUGGUUACAAGCCAACAGAAGAGCUAUGGCUUGGUCUGAACGAUCUCAAGGUUCACUUCUAUUUUGAGUGGAGUGAUGGGACUCCUGUGACGUUCACCACAUGGCAACGUAGACAGCCCACCUACGCAAAUGGUCUAGAGAACUGUGUUGUCAUGAAGGGGCAGGAUGGAUACUGGGCAAGUGAUAUUUGUGAUAAGAAACUUGGUUACAUCUGUAAAAAGAAGCCUUCAUCCCAAUCCCCUGAGGAAGAGAAGAUCAAGGACCCAGGCUGCCAGAGAGGUUGGAAAAGACACAGUUUUCACUGCUAUUUGGUGGGCUCUGCGUUUGUAACGUUCUCAGAAGCAAAUAAGACAUGUGAACAGAGCAAAGCAUAUCUAGCUACAGUGGAAAACAGAAAUGAGCAAGCCUUUCUAACUAGUCUGAUUGGGCUGAGGCAUGAAAAAUAUUUCUGGAUUGGUCUCUUGGACAUAGAAGGCCAAGGGACUUUCAGGUGGACCGGUGGCGAAACUCCUCUCUUCACACACUGGAAUACAGCCAUGCCAGGAAGAGAGCAAGGCUGUGUUGCCAUGAGAACUGGAGUUGCCGCGGGAUUAUGGGAUGUUGUCAGCUGCAAGAAGACAGCAAAUUUUCUUUGCAAACAGCGGGCUGCAGGAGUGCCAGCGCCUGUUGCUCCAGGGCGGGAGCCUGCCACCCCCUGCGCCGCCGGCUGGGACGCAGCUCCCCGGGCAGAUGCAUGCCUGAAGUUUUUUGUUAGGGAGGGAAACCAAAAGAAGUCUUGGUUUGAGGCAGAAGAGUUCUGUAGAGAAAUAGGAGGAAAUCUGGUCACAGUCAAAACAAGAGAAGAUCAAGUUCUAAUAUGGCAAUUAGCAUCAGAUAAAGGACUGAACACUCAGGCUUUCUGGAUAGGUUUGUUUCGCUUAAAUCCUGACGAAGGAUUUACCUGGAUUGAUGGUUCUCCUGUAAUUUAUGAGAACUGGAAUGAGGAUGAACCCAACAACCAUGAAGAAACUGAACAUUGUGUGAUGUUUAAUAAAUCACCCCAAAUGCGCUGGAAUGACUUGAGCUGUGAACAUUUACUUAAUUGGAUUUGUGAAGUUAAAAAAGGUACAUUACUAAAACCUGAGCCAAACAACAGCUACGAAUAUCAAGCCACUGAUGAUGGAUGGAUUAUAUAUGGAGAUAAGCAAUACUAUUUCAGCAGUGAAUAUGCCCAUAUGGAAAAAGCCCGAGGAAUCUGCAAAAAAAACUUUGCAGAUCUUGUUGUCAUUGAGAAUGAAAGUGAAAGAAAAUUUCUUUGGAAAUAUAUUUACAUGAAAGGCGAGAAGAAAUAUUUCAUUGGCUUAGUUGUCAGCUUUGAUCAGAAAUUCCGCUGGCUGGAUGAGACACCUGUGAACUAUGUUGCCUGGGCUCCAAAUGAGCCUAAUUUUGCAAAUAAUGAUGAAAACUGUGUAAUAAUGUCAAAAGAUUUUGGCUUUUGGAAAGAUAUAAGCUGUGCUGUGAAAAAUGCCUUCAUCUGCGAAAGGCACAAUUCUACUUACUCAGGGUUUGCUCCUACAGAACUUCCGCUUCCAGGAGGAUGUCCUGAAACUUGGCUUUUGUUUAAUAAUAAGUGUUAUAAGAUAUUUGGGUAUAGCGAAGAAGAAAGACUGACUUGGCACGCUGCAAGAAGCACUUGUAUAGAAUUAGGGGGAAACUUGGCCUCUAUACACAAUGAACAAGUGCAAGCGUUCUUCACCCUUCUCCUUAAAGAUAUCUCAGAUGAAACCUGGAUUGGACUGAAUGAUAUUAACAAUGAGAAUACAUACCUUUGGACAGAUGGAAGCUUAUUUGACUACUCAAAGUGGGGAAGACAAUUCCCAUUUAGAGAUAAUUACAUUGAAAUUAACUGGAAGUUUAUUACAAUACAGACUGACUGUAUUGCAAUGAUGAAAAGAUCUGUACUUGAAGCAGGCUACUGGGGAAACACUGACUGCCAACAUAACAAAAGCUAUAUUUGCCAGAUGGACAGCAAGCCUGAAUUAUUUCAUUCCACACCUGCUCCAGAGUCCAAGUUCAUCCAUUACGAUAAUAGCAGCUAUUUAGUCAUUCCGUCUAAAAUGAAUUGGGAAGAAGCAAGGAAAGCCUGCAAGGAGAAAUCUUCGGAGCUCACCAGCAUUUUAGAUUAUUAUAGUAAUAUAUUCCUGUUCCUGCUGCAGCAGGCAGCUCAACAUGGAGAGCCCCUAUGGAUUGGUCUCAACAGCAAUGUGAGUCAUGGGUAUUACAGAUGGAUGGAUAACAGGAAAAUCAAUUUUUCUAACUGGGACUAUAGUGAACCAAAACAGAAAAUAGCCUGUGUCUAUCUAAAUCUCCAUGGAGCCUGGAAAACAGCACCUUGUAAUGAAAAACAUUUUCCUGUCUGCAAAAAAUCUGAUGAUGUAGUUCCUUAUUACCUUUCACAGGAUAUUGGCAAAUGUCCUGAACCUGGUCAAAUCUCUUGGAUUCCUUUCCGAAGUCACUGCUAUAACUUCAAUGUCAAUGAAAUGAACUGGGCUCAAUCUGUGACUGAAUGCAUUCAAUCAGGUGGUACUUUGGUUUCCAUAGAAGAUCUGGUUGAAUCAAACUUUUUAGCAGAUCAUGCAGACUUAUUCACAAGCAAGACAAGUGGGUUUUGGAUAGGAAUAUACAGAAAUGUAAAUGGAAAGCUGCUCUGGCAAGACAACACUGCGUUAGGCUUUGUCAACUGGGGUGAAGGACAACCUUCAGAUGAUCAGCUUGAUUACUGCACAGAACUGUCUGCGGCCUCUGGGUCCUGGAGUAUCAUUCCUUGCUCUUCCCAAAGGGGUUUUAUUUGUAAGAAACCAAAGACUAUUCUUAAAGUAACUUCAGUAACUCCAGCAAACGUGAAAGAUGCCAAAAAGGACAAGCCACAUGGUCACAGCACAAUUUGGAUGCUACUUGCUCUGGUCCUCUUUAUUUUAGUAGGAAUGAGCUUCAUGGUUUAUUUCCUAUUCAAGAUCAAAAAACAAAGUGAAACUCAGAGAGAGGUGAGGCAGUGCAGCACACUGCUAGAAUACAGCAAUGCUCUAACUGGAGUGGGCGAUAAAAGUGAUUCUACCCACGACAAAGGAAAAAGUGAACACAGUGUUGUCUAAUGUGACAGUUACACUACGUACUUAAACUUAAAAAUAACCUAACUACAACAAAUGAAAUCCUAGUAAAAGUUACAUGCACCUAACACAUACUGUACAUAUUAAAAGUAACAAUUAUUUCUUUGGUAGGGGAUAAGUGCUAUUGCUCUAUGCUGUUUAAGAAAUAUUUACAGGACUAAGACUCAGGGUACUGUAUAGGAUAGCUAAUUAAGCAUGUCGAGCAAAUAGGAGACCUAGUGAGAGUUUAAACUCACAAUGUACAGAUUAAUGCUCUAGUGUUCUCACUUUUUAGACAUCUGUGCCACCGUCACGUACAGAAUCAAGUACAGAUAUAUAGUGAACAUUCUGCAAAGCACACAGCUCCAAAGCCUGCACUUUCAGCAUAUGUCACACUCAAAUACAAAAAGUGCAUCCUGUUACUUCAGUCAAAUGGUGUUUGAAGUAUCUAGAGAUUUACAAGAAUUGUUCUUCCCCAUUAUUGCCCCUGUAUUACACUCUUUCUUGCUCAAAGUUUGGAUGCAAAGUAUGCAAAAAUAUCUUAAAGAUAAUAUUAUAUGUCAAUUGAAAAAGCUUCCUUGUCAUAAUAUUAUAGCUAUAAGUUAAAUGUAAAUAACUGUCCUUUAUUGAUGGCUUCAGCUUGGAUCUCGCAAAAGAAGUAAAUGUUGCAAAGCACUUGGUCAUAUUCUAUGACUUUGAAUAUUUGUAUCAAUUAUGGAAAUGAAAAUAUAUAAAUAAAGGAUCUAUAUGUUACAUAAUACUUCAGUACUGAUGAAUUAGCGUACAGAGAUG